AUGCCUAGGGGGCAUACCUUUUCUCUCGUUUCUGGUUCACAGUUGUGGGUUGCAUCGUCAAAAGAGAUCCGGGUCUUCAAGCGCUCUGAUGACAGCAAUUAUUUCAAGAGGAUGACACAAGAUCCGCUGUCGCAGGCAAACGUAGGCGAGGUGACCUCUGGGGCCAUCAUCAGCAGCCAGCCCGAUCGAGUGUAUUUUGGGCACACUGACGGCAAAGUUACGAUUUACUCCAAGAAAGAUUUCGUAUGUCUUGGCAUCAUCAACGUAAGUCUGUACAAGAUCAGUUCGCUUGUUGGCGUUGGCGACAAUCUGUGGGCUGGCUACAGCACGGGUAUGAUCUAUGUAUAUGACACCAAGAGCACCCCUUGGAAAGUGCUGAAGGACUGGAAAGCACACGACAAACCCAUCGCUGGGAUAUUGGCAGAUCGCACAAGUAUUUGGAAGCUAGACAGGUUUCAGGUCGCGUCACUAGGCACCGACACCAUGUUACGUAUAUGGGACGGCAUGCUGAAGAACGACUGGCUUGAAAACCUAAUGCAACAGCGCGACUCUGAAUAUUGUGAGUUCCGAGAGCUUACGGCAAGGGUUAUGACAUGGAAUGCUGGCGCGACAAAGCCUAACACAAUAAGAGGCACUGAGCAAGAUCGUAACUUUUUCCGGGAACUGCUGGAGCCGGAGAACCCACCAGAUAUCCUCGUCUUCGGGUUCCAGGAAUUGGUGGACUUGGAGAACAAGAAAAUCACUGCCAAAAGCUUUUUCAAGAAGAAGAAGAGCAAGGAAGACUCGGACAGUGAACACAUGUCGCAUCAGUAUCGUGCAUGGCGCGAUCAUCUCAUUCGUGUGCUCGACGAACACAGUCCGAAGCAGAAUUACGUGCUUCUUCACACCGCGAAUCUUGUCGGCCUCUUCACAUGCGUGUUUAUCAAGGCAUCAGAGCGUCCCAAUAUACGCGACAUUUGCGCAGCCGAGAUCAAACUUGGCUUUAGUGGACGAGUUGGCAACAAGGGCGCUCUCGUCGUCCGCUUCUUCAUCGACGAUUCAUCAUUGUGCUUUAUCAACUGCCAUCUUGCAGCUGGACAGACGCAAACAGUACAUCGCAACAACGAUGCGGCUUCCAUCAUGGAGCAGGCGCCUCUGCCGAAGAAUCGUUCACCUUCCGACUGCGAGAACUACUUUGUUGGUGGAGGCGAUGGCUCCAUGGUUCUCGACCAUGAAAUCUGCAUUCUCAACGGUGAUCUCAACUACCGCAUCGAUGCCAUGCCUCGAAACACGGUCAUCCAGGCUGUCAAAGAAGGGAACUUGCCAAAAUUGCUCGACCGUGAUCAACUGCUACUCUCACGCAAGCGCAACCCUGGCUUCCGAUUACGCGCUUUCAUCGAAGCGCCCAUCACCUUUGCCCCGACUUACAAAUACGACCCAGGGACUGACAACUACGACACGUCCGACAAACAGCGAUCACCCGCAUGGUGCGACCGUCUGCUCUACCGCGGCUUGGGUAGGAUCAAGCAAGUGGACUACCGUAGACACGACACCAUCAAAGUGUCGGACCAUCGACCCGUGAGCGGGAAGUUCAAGAUUCGCGUCAAGACAAUCAAUGCAAAAAAGCAAGACUCGACCAAAGACAAGGCUGAGGUGGAGUUCGAGGCUGUGCGACGGAGGAUAGCUGGAGAUAUCAAGUAA